AUGGCAACAGCAAAGGAAGACGCACCGUCACCAGCGCCAGGGUCGUCGUUCAUGUCAGUGUUCGCGCACGCGGACGCGGCGGACGUGGCACUCAUGGUCCUGGGCUUGGUGGGCGCCAUGGGCGAAGCCCUGUCGACGCCGGUGAGGAUGCUCAUCUUCAGCCACAUCGCCAACGACCUCGGCAAUGGCCCCGAUCAGCUCCAGCAGUUCAGCUCCAAGAUCAAUGAGAACGUGAGGAAGCUCGUCUUCUUGGCCUUUGCCUCCUCGAUCAUGGCGUUCCUAGAGGGCUAUUGCUGGGCGCGCACGGCGGAGCGGCAGGCGUCGCGUAUGCGGGCGCGGUACCUGCGGGCGGUGCUCCGGCAGGACAUGGAGUUCUUCGACCUCAGGGCGGGCCUGGCGUCGGAGGUGGUGGCCAGCCUGACCAACGACAGCCUCGCCGUGCAGCACGUGCUGAGCGAGAGGGUGCCCAACCUGGUGAUGAACGCCACCAUGUUCGUCGGCAGCUACGCCGUGGCGUUCGUGCUGCUGUGGCGCCUCGCCCUCGCCGCGAUGCCGUCCGUGCUGCUCCUCGUCGUCCCCGGCGUCAUGUACGGCCGCGUCCUCACCGGCCUCGCGGGCCGGAUCAGGGAGCGGUACGCGCGCGCGGGCGCCGUGGCCGAGCGGGCCGUGUCGUCCGUGCGCACGGUGUACUCGUUCGUGGCGGAGACGGGCGCCGUGGCGCGGUUCUCCGCCGCGCUCGAGGAGCCCGCGCGGCUCGGGCUCAGACAGGGGCUCGUCAAGGGCGUCGCCGUCGGCAGCAACGGCGUCACCUUCGCCGUCUGGGCGUUCAACGUCUGGUACGGCAGCCGCCUCGUCAUGUACCGCGGCUGCCAGGGCGGCACUGUCUUCGCCGUCUCCACUGCCAUUGUCGGCGGCGGCACGGCGCUGGGGUGGGGGCUGUCGAACGUCAAGUACUUCUCCGAGGCGAGCGCGGCGGCGGAGAGAAUCAUGGAGAUGAUCCGGCGGGUGCCCAAGAUCGACUCCGAGAGCGACACCGGCGUGGAGCUGGACAACGUCGCCGGGGAGCUGGAGCUCAAGAACGUCACGUUCUACUAUCCGUCGCGGUCGCAGAGCCCCGUCUUUUUCAACCUCAGCCUGCGUGUGCCGGCGGGCCACACGGUUGCGCUGGUCGGGGCCAGUGGGUCGGGGAAGUCGACAGUUAUCGCGCUGCUCGAGCGGUUCUAUGACCCGUCGGCCGGAGAGGUAAUGCUGGACGGCGUGGACAUCCGGCGGCUACGCCUCAAGUGGCUCCGCGCGCAGAUGGGCCUCGUCAGCCAGGAGCCCGCGCUGUUUGCAACGACCAUACGGCAGAACAUACUGUUCGGUAAGGAGGACGCCACGGAGGAGGAGAUCGUCGCCGCAGCGAAGGUGGCCAACGCCCACGACUUCAUCUCGCAGCUGCCGCAGGGCUACGAGACACAGGUAGGCGAGCGUGGCAUCCAAAUGUCCGGAGGGCAGAAGCAACGGAUUGCGAUUGCUAGAGCAAUAUUGAAGUCACCCAGGAUUCUCCUUUUUGAUGAAGCCACCAGUGCAUUGGACUCGCACUCAGAGUGUGUUGUGCAAGAGGCGCUUGAAGUAGCCUCCAUGGGCCGCACUACUCUUGUUAUCGCACAUUGCCUAUCAACCAUCAGAAAUGCAGACAUGAUUGCCGUCAUGCAGUCUGGGGAAGUAAAGGAGUUAGGCUCCCAUGAUGAGCUCAUUGCCAAUGAGAAUGGCCUCUACUCAUCUCUUGUUCAUCUCCAGUGGAUUGGGGAUACCAGUGGUGAGGCCAACAGGCAGAUUGGUAGAAUUGGCUAUACACCAGCUUCUGUACGAAAACCUGCUGGCAGCCACGACAUGAGCAGGAUAUUAUGUUUUGAUAACAGGCUAAUCGGUGAUGGAGGAGGUGACGAUAGUACCGAGAAGCCAAAGGUUCGUGUACCAUCCUUUAAAAGGUUGCUGAUGCUUAAUGCACCAGAGUGGAAGCAUGCACUGAUAGGGAGCUUUAGUGCAGCUCUGUUUGGAGGUAUCCAGCCCAUGUAUGCAUACAUCAUAGGCAGCAUGUUUUCGGUCUAUUUCUUGACAGAUCAUGCUGAGAUAAAGAACAAAACAAGGGACCAUGCGUUCAUCUUUGUCGCUCUUGCGGCUCUGUCGUUAUUGCUCAACAUUGGGCAACAUUAUAACUUUGGUGCCAUGGGAGAAUAUCUCACUAAGAGGAUCAGGGAACAAAUACUCGAAAAGAUUCUUACUUUUGAGAUUGGUUGGUUUGAUCAAGAUGAGAACUCCACAGGUGUCAUAUGCUCCUUGCUUGCCAAAGAUGCCAAUAUUGUGAGGGCACUUGUGGGUGACCGAAUGGCACUAGUGAUCCAGGCAGUUUCUGCAGUGCUCAUUGCAUGGACGAUGGGUCUUUUUAUUGCUUGGCGCUUGGCCCUUGUCAUGAUAGCAGUGCAGCCACUUAUUAUUUGUUGCUUCUAUGCUCGUAAUGUCUUACUAAGAAGCGUGUCGAACAGAUCAAAGGAGGCACAAUCCAAGAGUAGUAAACUAUCUUUUGAGGUUGUCUCAAAUCUGCAUACUAUCACUGCAUUCUCAUCGCAAGAUCUUAUUCUACGCCUUUUUGACCAAGCACAAUAUAUAACUCGGAAGGAAAACAUUCGGCAAUCAUGGUUUGCAGGACUUGCCCUUGGCACGUCCGUUGGCCUUAUGGCAUGCACAUGGCCCCUCAACUUUUGGUAUGGUGGAAAGCUCAUGGCUGGCCACCACAUUACAGCCAAGGCGCUCUAUCAAACCUUCAUGAUUAUAGUAAGCACUGGGCGUGUCAUUGCAGAUGCAGGCAGCAUGACAACUGACCUUGCUAAGGGUGCUGAAGCGGUCGCUUCGGUGUUUGCCAUUCUUGACCGCAAAACAAAAAUUGAGCCUGACAAUUCUAAGGGAUACAAGCCAGAGAAGCUAAAAGGUGAUGUGCAAAUUGUAGGAGUAGAUUUUGCAUACCCAUCAAGGCCAAAUGUGAUCAUAUUCAGAGAGUUUUCCUUGAGCAUACAGCCAGGGAAGUCAACAGCCAUUGUUGGGCAAAGUGGUUCCGGCAAGUCAACCAUCGUCGGGCUUAUAGAGCGGUUCUAUGACCCACAUCAGGGAGUGGUGAAGAUCGAUGGAAUAGACAUAAAAAUGUACAAUCUCCGAGCCUUGCGACGGCACAUUGGUUUGGUCAGCCAGGAGCCAACAUUGUUUGCAGGUACGAUCAGAGAGAACAUCAUGUAUAGCAUAGAAACAGCAAGUGAGACAGAAAUUGAGAAUGCAGCAAGGUCUGCAAAUGCACAUGAAUUCAUUAGCAGCCUCAAGGAUGGGUAUGACACAUGGUGUGGUGAGCGAGGUUUACAUCUUUCGGGAGGACAAAAGCAGCGCAUUGCAAUUGCUCGUGCCAUCCUAAAGAACCCUGCUAUCUUGCUACUAGAUGAAGCUACAAGUGCCCUGGACAGCCAAUCUGAAAAGGUGGUGCAAGAGGCAUUGGACAGAGUGAUGAUCGGGAGGACAAGUGUAGUGGUGGCACAUCGAAUUAGCACUAUCCAAAAAUGUGACUUGAUUGUUGUGCUUGAGAAAGGAGCUGUUGUGGAGAAAGGCACACACACAUCCCUCAUUGCCAAGGGUCCCUCUGCAAAAUACUUUGGAUUGGUUAGCUUACAACAAGGAGGCAAUCGGCACUGAGGUUUUUGUACAUGAGCAUCUUUGAAAAGUGCACGCGAUUUAAAUGAGUCAUCAUCUAGACUAAUCUGUUUGCCACAAUGUUCAGUAAAUGUUGAA